ACAUCGCAGCUAGGUCGUUUAACGGUAUUUUCCUUCGCAGUGACGGUAUGGGAAACCGUAGCAGUUCAAGGGCUAAUCAUGACAAUGAGGGUCAGCCACCGGAGAGCGAAAGCGCCGAAGAUCGAGUUCUGCCACGCCCACCACAUUGUGACACCGAGGAUUUCAAGAUCGACAUGGUGCCUUUGUCCGAUUGUGCAGUGCAAGUUGUGGUCCAUGAAAAUUGGAAGUCAGUACCGUCCAAUCAGCCUAGAGACGGCGACAUUGUGUCAUUGUGGUCAGUUAUGUCCAAUAAAGGAGAUGGGUUCCUACAGGUGACCAACGUGAAAGUGGACCCGGACAAAGACGACGAAAUUUACUUGGCAGAGCAAUUUUCCUGCAGUUUCUCGGGAGAGAGAUUUUCCUACAGAUGUGCCAUCGUAUGUACCGUAUAGCUAAAAAAAAACACGACUAUUGGUACGCGUAUGAUUGAUAACUGAUUUAAUUCUC